AAAACUGCUGGAAAGCCAGAGGUCUGGGCAGACAGUCGACAAGCUUUAUGCGAGACUGUGCCCUACUUCCGCAUGCCUCAGAGCGGAUGCCACCAGAACGACCGCCAUGUGUAUGCUUUUCUCUUCGACGCUACUGGACACUGUCGUGAGUACAUGGACAGUGAUGUAGUCAUCGCUCGAGCGGGCGGCAGCAUGGAAGGCGAUGGCACUGGACAAAUGUUGCAAAGAAAGGAUCAUCUGAUGACGGAAUCGCAGGUGCAAUCAGUCUUGAACGACAUCGAACAUCAGAAUCCGGUUGUCAUCAUCGCUGGUAAUCGUCACGAGGGCGCCAUCUGCCAAUUUCCCCAUCGCUAUAAUGUCCUGGGUUGGUUCAAGCCUGUUGCGGUAUGGGCAGAGAAGACCUUGGGCAAAGGUGCAAAGGUCUGGACAACGAUCAAGUACAGAUUCGAACGCCUGAAUCCUACAAUAAGCCCUUGGUAUGCACCAGCUCAGAGAGUGCUGGGGGAGGAAGAAUACAAGUCUAUCGGCGCACCCAUUUUCCAAACCUGCAGGCAGUGCAACAAUCGCUAUCCUGUCAUGUACUUGAAUGGCUGGAUGUGCCUGAAUGCAGAUUGUGGCCGACUCUGGAAGCUUGCAAGUGGCGAGGAUGCUCCAUACGGAAGGCUCCACUAUCAUCCCGCGUUUCUCCUAACGAGAAGACGGUGGUCAAACGAACAAGAACCGUUCAGUGUGCGCCCUCCAAUCCCCAAGAUCGGGGCCACUGUUGGAGACAAUCUGACAUACAUCAACACUCGUGGAAUUUGCUGCCCUCAGUGCGGCCGCUGCAGUUCCAGACGACUCUUCAAAGGAUGGAAGUGUGACAACGCGUCUUGCAACUAUCAGAACUUCCCAAAGCACAUUCCGGUAAAGCCAGAAAUGCUCCACAAUCCUUGGGAUAGCGUAGGCGACAAUAUUGGCGAGGGACCUGCACUUGCUAAGAAUAAGCAUGAGAGAGAGCAUGGUGUCAAGGUCAGUGUAAGUCAUCGUCUGGGCUUCAAGAUCUACACCUAUACUUUCGAGGGCGUCGACGGCAAAUUCGUACACGCAGUGUCGAACCGUGCUAUCAACAAGCAGCCGCGCGGGCCCGAUGAAAUGUUCGCAGCCAUGCAGCAGCAGGACGAUGCCGGCAUGGAUCUACACCUCGAGCGAAGACGCUUCAAUGGCAAGUGGGCAGUGGAGGAUGGAGAUCUGAUGACUGCUUUCUCGAUCAAUUAUGGAAUGCCUUACAAAUUCGUGGCGACGGGGGCCAGUCUGCCGUUCACGAACGCGCCAUGGCCUGUCCGAGCAUGCCAAGCGGAUCUGAACUGGGCGUCGAAGAACUUUCUCGCUGCGCAAGGACAUCAAGAAUUCAACGAGCUGCUCAUCUUCGCCUACCUCCAGGGUCAGAAGAUCGAGUAUCACGACGAUGGCGAGUCAGGUCUAGGUCCUCGCAUCUCGACGCUUUCCUUGGGUGGCAAGGCCAAAAUGCACCUCCGCAUGAAGCAAAAACACUACGUCGGCUGCUCCAAAUCAGGCAUACUCAACAGCGAACGACCGGUGCCAGGCAGCAUAGAAGGGCAGGCCAUGUACCGGAAGCGUCUUCAAGCGUGGCAAGAACUGCAGGCGCUCGACCUCUCGACAAAGGAAGGCAAAUCUACGUACGAACGUCGUCGCAAGGAGAUGCCCAAGGAACUGGGGUUGUACGAGAAGCGCAGCAAGAAAGCGGGAGACUUGGUGACCAUCACACUCAAUCACGGAGACAUUGUGUUGAUGGAGGGUUACGAGAUCCAGCAAUACUUUGAACACAAGGUUGCGCCGGAAGGCUGUUUGAGAUUUGCUCUCACGUGUCGGACGGUUUUACCGGAGCAUUUGAAGCGCGAGGAG